CCGGGCACGCAGGACGGUUGACGGAUCUCGUUCAAAUAACGCGCAUUCAACCGCCAAAUAACGCUACAGGAUAUUUGCUCCUGCAACAUACCAUCAAAGAGUCCUCGAACCAAACAAAGAAGCCCAAGAGGGAGAGAAAGCAGCGAGUGCGAUUUGUGCCUAAACCAAUUUGUUACGGAAAAGAAACCGCUAACCGAGCUCGAUAGACAGUGUGCCCGUGUACGUUGAUUGUUAUUUACCAAAUAGAAGAAGCCAAAAAAUGAGCGUGAAAGAUAUUUACUAUUCGGAUAAAUAUUACGACGACGAGUACGAGUACAGACACGUCGUGCUACCGAAGGAUAUAGCGAAGCUGGUGCCCAAAACACACCUCAUGACCGAGAACGAAUGGCGAGCGAUCGGUGUACAGCAGUCCCGUGGCUGGGUCCACUACAUGGUGCACCAGCCCGAGCCCCACAUUUUGCUGUUUCGAAGGCCCAUCACCAAGACAUAAGAAAGAAGAACCUUCCCACCCUGGAGCAAAAACCACCCCGAGAUCGAUCGAGCUCUUCAGGACGAUAUGUGUGCAUGUGUGUGUGUGUGUCGCGGCGUGUCCCUGCCGGAUGCGAAUGUGUGUGUGUGCGUGCGUGCGUGUGUAUGAAUGUAUCAGUAUGUACCCUUUGCAAAUAGACACCCGGGGAGGCGUGCAACAACAUCGCCCCUUGUACGCGUCAUGAAGAUUCUGGAAAUGUUCAACGCGCCGCGAGCGUCAGUUCUCGCCGUCAUCGUGGUGUCGCCUCCCGGAUGUGGAAAUCAGUUCGUCGCGUAUGUACCCACUACACCUCCCAAUCUAGCACGUCGCUUUAUGUUUAUGCUGCGUGCGGUUCUGCGGUUCGCCGAUUGUCACGAAGAUCAUCGCGUCCGUUUCGCUGCCCAUGUUCCCAUCAACAUCAACCUUCUGCUGAGUUGUUGUUUUUUUUUUUAAUGCUCCCCGCCCGUAUCUUGUGCCUCUCUCCGUUCGUUACUCACUGCUCAAGAAGCUGGCAAACCGGCCGGUAACCUCAACUUCCCUUUCUUACCCCCGCUAUGUUUACUUUUGCUGUAGCGUACUCUGGGUGUUAGUUUGUGUAUAAUAUAGCUACGGGUGUAAUGAGAUCGCCAUAUCUUACUAAUUCGUCUCAGUUUGAUUGAAAAAAGAGGUAUGCAAAAUCGCGUCAAUCGAAGAAGAAAAAAAAGGCAUCGGGGGCAGUAGAAGUAGCACCCAAACGCUCUCGUGGUAGUGAAGGACAGGACAGGGACCCACGAUCGAGAGAGGAAAAAGGCUUACAAAUUGUCGCAA